AUGGGCUUUAUCAACCGCCUGCUUGGCCGGAAGCAGAGCCAGCUCCCGCCCUUCGACUUCGCCCGCAAUCGAUUCCGCGCAAAGAAGACAUGGCCGCCCAAUCUCCGCGAGCUGACCGAGAAGCAACAAUUCCACUUCGAGCGCAAGUUCAAGCGCCGCACACGGCUGAAGUCGAUCAAGCCAACUUGGAAUAAGUGGACCAAGAUCGUGCAGUGGAGCAUGAUCAGCUUCAUCGUCGUGCACGGCAUCUUCUUCUACGACUUCGCCAACGAUCCAAUGAACCCAGAAAAGGGCAAGCAGCCAUUCCAGGGACUGCGAGACAAGAUGUGGGCGAUACUCGGCAAUUUCUACACGCAAAGUCCAUCUACGGUUGUAGUGCCAGAUCGAGGGGCGAGAAGGGUGGAACCGAUGGGCAGUCCUCGGGCUGGCGUGGAGGAGUUCGACAAUGCGAGUCCCAGGGCGAAGUGA